CUCCGUGUAUCGGUCCUGCGAGGUGCAGUGCAGUUCCGCGCAGCUCGGUGUCGUGCCGCAACUCCUUGGCCGCUGAGAGCUGCAGACUUGCUGUGCCUUCAGGCUCGUACUGUCUCACCGAGCGAGGGCUGCGCUGCUGAAGCUAGCGAGAGCAUGAGAAGAGCGGUGUGAGGAGGCAGGCAGGUCUUGGAGCGUGGGCUCUUAAGAAGUGAGAGUAAAGUGAGGCGAGCGAAACAGCGGCUGCCCUCCUGCUCCGCAGAAGUGAGGAGGCACCUCGGAGGGCAACAUGACGGCGUGGCUGAGCUUCCUCGUUGUGUUCCUCUGCAGCUGGAGCCUGCGUGACUUGGUGGUGGAGGCUUGCACUUGUGUGCCCAUCCACCCGCAGGACGCUUUCUGCAACUCUGACAUCGUGAUCCGAGCUAAAGUUGUGGGGAAGAAGCUGAUGAAAGAUGGGCCGUUUGGAACCAUGCGAUACACAGUCAAGCAGAUGAAGAUGUACAGGGGCUUCCAGAUAAUGCCACAUGUUCAGUACAUCUACACAGAAGCUUCUGAAAGUCUUUGUGGGGUCAAGCUGGAGGUCAACAAAUACCAAUACCUGAUUACAGGCCGUGUGUAUGAGGGGAAGGUUUACACUGGCCUGUGCAACUGGUAUGAGAAGUGGGACCGGCUGACUCUGUCCCAGCGUAAAGGACUGAAUCAUCGCUAUCAUCUGGGCUGCGGAUGCAAGAUCAGACCCUGCUACUAUUUGCCCUGCUUUGCAACCUCCAAGAAUGAGUGCAUUUGGACAGACAUGCUCUCCAACUUCGGCCACUCAGGAUACCAAGCAAAGCACUAUGCCUGCAUCCAGAGGGUGGAAGGUUACUGCAGCUGGUACAGAGGAUGGGCACCUCCAGAUAAAACGAUAAUCAAUGCCACAGAUCCCUGAGCAUGCUCUCCCUUCCUUAUCUCCCCUCUCCCUUACUUGUGGCUGGUCUUCCUUUGGACACUAACUCUUACCAGAUCAUGAUGACGACAAUGAAAUUAGUGCCUGUUUUCAUGCAAAUUUUAGCACUUCGAACACUUAAAGAAAAUGGAGAGGGAAAAAAAAAAAGAGGAAAAAAAAAGUCUGUGCUACCUUACUGAAUUUGUAAUCACCUUUUCCAUUUUUUGAUACCACUCCUUUUGAUCAGACAACAUUUGGGAGCUUACUUUUGCACACCAGAGGGAAAAAUGGGAGGGGAAGAAAAAGAAGAAAGAUGGAGCUCUUGCUCUCUCUUACAUGUAUCAUUAGCUAUGGCAAUAUAAUCUCUAUUUUUUUAGGAAAACAAAAAUCUAAAAACUAUGCCACUUAGGCACUGUAUUCUUCUAUGUGCUGGCUUCCUGUUGCCCCCUCCUCAUGCACUAAGUGCUGAAACUAUGUAGGGAAAUCUAUCUGAAGGAGAACAGGUUUCAUUAAUCCUAUUGGCAAAUGAAACAAAACUGAAAAGAACCCCAGCCUAAACUCUGCAAAGAAACCAUGUCCAAAAUAAAGCCUCCUCUAUGGGAGAGAUUGGCAAUGCGAUUGACUCCAGCAGUGUGAGGAUUUACCUGGUGCCUCUGGCCAUAUCACCUGGUGAAAGCACUGUUGACUGAUUGUCCUAGCUAACUCAGUCACAGUGUGAACGCAACAGCACGUUUGAGAUUCUGGCUUUCCCCGGAACAAGAGGGAGACUGUUUUUGUUGCUUAAAAAAAACCAAAAGCCCAGUUCUCUGUGUUUAGGGAGGUAAAUGCCCCUACAGCAGAGCAGAAGUGCUGUGCCAUCCUGUUUUGAGCGGCAGUGGCCCCUGAAUUUUUUUGCAGCUUAGCUUCAACAGCAAAACCAGCUUGGGAACCCCUUAAACCAAACAGAUGCAAAAAUGCCAACCGUAAAUCAAUCACAUGUAAGAGGGAAAGGGGAGACUUGCUAGAGCUCUUACUAUAUAAAAAAAAGAAUCUAUUGCCAAAAUAGUGUUUUGCUGAACUAAGAUGUAUAUACAUAUAAUGACAUAAGCUAUUUUUGACAGGAUGUGGAAUUUUGUUUUUUGGGUGUUGUAAACAAAAGAAUGGUUUGUUUGUGUUUUAAAGACAGAACUAUUGACAUUCCGAGUCAGUGAGUUGUUUCUAAGGUAUUGAAGCUCCAGUGUAUCUGCAAUAGUGGCUACAGUCAUUGUUUCCUCUGUAUGUCUUUGCAUCACGGUUCCUCCUCCCGCAGCUACGCUAGCUGCGCUUGUUUAUACAGUGAAAGGAAGUGUGUGUGGAGGGGGAGGGGCGGCUAGGCAUGGAAAAGUGGGCUCCUAAUAAGUGCUGGCUGGGAUCACACAAUUUCAGCUGCCCAGAGGAUUACUUUUGUGUCAAGUGCUGCGUUUCCCUCUAGGCACUGUUAAGCAUAGCUCUGCAUAUGCUCAUGUUAUGGCCUGUAGUGAUGUGGGAGGAGGAACUUCACUGUCUUGUGCUUUGCUGUUGACUGGAGAAGUUUUUUUCAUUUUUUUGUUGGUUUUUUUUAAUUAAGAAAACUAUAAUAUAAUUUUUCUUAUCAAAUAAAAGUAUUUUAAGUUUUAAUGAUGGCGAAGAAGGGGUGGUGACAAAAUGGGUGACUGAGUUUUGGAUGGGGAGGGCUUGGGCAGGGAGAUUAUGCAUAACUUCAUUUUUGUAUUACUAUGAUUAUUUAUCAUAAGUUUCUGUAUAUCUUCAGUUCAUUCCACUUAGAAAGCAGAGCUGCCACCAGCAGGAUAAAUGUAUUGCAGUGAUUCCAGCUUGGGGUAAUACAGCAUUUUACAGUCAGUGACCUCCAUUACUGGAGAGUUGUUUAGGACCUCUUUGCCAAACGGAAAGGAAAAGGUGGCUGAGAUGGGCUCUGAUGCAUAUUUAUGUUCCUUGUGUGCUCCCAGAGCUCUGUCAGAUGUACAUCCCCUGAAAUGCCUCAUUUACUAGACGUGUUGUUGCAGCAAAACAGCACGUCACUUCCUUUCUAACAUGAGCUUUAAAGGACAUUUUCAAAGAGCUGGUGUAAGAGAUGCCUGGGUCUGCUGGGUGUUGUUGGUUUUCCCUUUUUCAGCAGCUCUGAGGGGCAUGAUGGCACAAAACACAGUGAAGGGCUGUUGGAUUUUCCAGUGAUUUGGGCUUGGAACACUUCUCAGAAGCAGUCUUCCCUGUGACUACUCCUAAAUUAUGGGUUGGAGAUAAGAGGGAGAGUAGGGUGCUUCACAGCACCCAUCAUAGGAUCAGGUGGUGCAUCAGAAGGUUGCCACUUUUUGCAGAACACAGGCUGGGGGUUUAGGCACAGUGAAGCAAUCUCUGCAAGCUGUGCACGGCUGAUAAAUAUCUCUGAAGGUCACUGAGAGCAGAGUGAAGCCAGCUUUGCCAGCCUCACUGCACCGUGUGGAGGUGGCAUCACUGGAGAUAGCCCUUCUCAAGCUCAAGGUGACUUUGCAAAACCUGCAUCUCUUUGAGCUGCAGCCACCUUUCCCAGCUUUGGAAGGCUGAAUGAGAAUGCCCCUUGAUGCAGUGAAGUGUUGAUUUGAAUUUUCAUUAAGCCGCAGCUCUGCGUAUUUUACUUGUCACUGAUUCAUUUAGCUAGCUGAGACAUCACAGUAUUGCACUCAGAUUAUUGUGGAAAUAUUUGCAUUCUAAUACUAUGAGGACUCGUGUCCCCAGGUAGGAUAUAAUGUAGCUAUGUGCUUUGUAAACAACAAAACAACAGAUGCAUUAUCAGAAAAUGAAGUGUAUUGCCAUUUUAUACUGCAGACAGUCAAAGAUUUCUGAGAUGCAGACAGCUGAAGUGGCAGGGGUGGGGGUUUGGUAGCAAAUCUUUCCCCUUGCUGUGUAAGGAAACAAUUGUUAAGGCUUUCAAAAAUGUGGAGCCAAAAGGAGGGCGAAGAAUCCAGUAAAAAUACAUUUCUUUUGGGAGGCUUCUUAGUUUGGUUUCCGUGCAUUCUAUCAAGGACAUGUAUUUGGGCUAAGCUUUAGCUUGUGCUUGCAUUAAGAGCCUAACUGAAGGCUCCCUUGAAGUGGGAGGGAGCCAUUAAAUGGAUCGAACAGGCUUUAAAUCAGACUCAAAGACUUCUUCCUUUCUACCGCUCUCCUCUCUUUUGUCUUGCUAAGUCACUUCUGCCGCCAACGGACAAAACUCUCACCCUCCUUACAGCAAGCAAUGCAAUAUGUGGGAACACCAGGCGUGGAGAUGUGAGCAGGCAGGUGUGAAGUUCUCCCCCAAAUGCUAUGCUGUGGAGCAUACAAUGGCUAGCAGCAGCAUAAAUAUCUUCCUGUCACCCCUGACAUGCUCAUUGCUUCAUCCUAUAAGCUAAGGUCAAUGGCACAGCCUAAGUGAACACAACCCUGGCCAUGUACAGGAUGAGAGUUUCUCCCUCCUCUCCAUGCUUUAAAUAUAACAAUAUUAUUAGAAGUACUUUUAAAAAUGCAUAGCUCAUUUCUAGACAGUUUCCAAAUGCUUUCUGGUUUAUAGAUAUUUUUCCUUAUUUUCUUGAGGAUGCUUUCCCCCUCUAGUAUUACAUAAAACCCUAUGACAAAUACAUUGAAGAUUUAGGAAAGACUGGAUGUGAUUUUUCAUUUUCCAAGAUGGAGGAGUAGAGAGCAAGAGAUCUGUGCAUGGAGUGCCUUGAAUAAAGCCCCGGUGUGGGAGGCUUCCCCUUCCCCUCUAUGGAACAAUCCUGCCAGUUUAGGUCUAAAUUUCCCAUGCUUUGAAGAGUUAUGUGGCCCUUUAGGUAGGACUAUUCUAAAACCUAAAUACAUCACUGUAUCCCACUCUGACUUGGCUGGAGUGAAAUGCUACCUCACGGGGAAACAUACUAAAGACUCUUUGAAGGAAAGGCCUCAAUGGGAACAAGUUUUUGUUCUUUCAGAUGUCUCUGAAAGUGUGUCUUACACAUUUAAAGCUUAGAGAGGCAGAACAAAGCGUAGGGAACUGCAAAUUAUUAUUCCAUUUAACUGCAAAUUAUUAUUCCAUUUAAUCUUUUAGAAUAAGUUGCUUUUGGAACUACCAGUCUUGAGAAAAAUCUUACUCAUCCACUCAUCCACAAAACAUUGGCUGCUGCUUUGCCUCUACUGGCUGCUUCUCUCUGCCACUGUCCUUCCUUCCUAGAGCCACUCUGCUGUUCCUGAUAGUCAUGGAAACUCGGGGAGGGAACCAAACUCGUGUGAAUUUUUUUUUUCCAGAAGGAAUGUAUUUGUUGCUAAAUUUUCUAGCACUGUUUACAGUUUUCCUCCAUGUUAUUUAUAAAUUUUAUAUUCAGUGAAUGUAUAUUGUCUUUUAAGGUAAUGUUGCAUAAUUUUCACUUUUUAUAGUGUCCUUUUAUUCUAAACAGUAAAGUGGUUUUAUUUCUAUCACAGACA